GUAUUUAUAACCGUAGUGAACACACUAGUUCUAUCCUCUGUGCAGUACCCUUCUUUUUUUUUUUUAAAUCUCCCAACAACAGUUCACGAGAAAACAUGAAGAACAAUAAUACUCAUCGGAACUCGAUUCCCGGAAAAUCUUUGUUCAUCGGAGCAGCUCUGUCUGGUCUUAUAGUCGGCGCGCUUCUCAUUUCCGGCUUCAUCGGCUCGAGAUCGGGAAACUCUCUGUUCUGUUCACUAGCCACUGUGAGAAUCGGCGGCGGCGCGGCGGCGAGUAUUCACUCUCCGACGCCGAUCCAGCUCCAGGCCAUUCUCCACUACGCCACGUCACGCGUGGUCCCACAGCAGUCUUUAGGGGAAGUCACGGUUUCCUACGACGUGUUGAAGGCCAGAGCUCCGUGCAACUUCCUAGUGUUCGGACUCGGCCACGACUCGCUGAUGUGGACCUCGCUGAACCCACGUGGCAAAACGGUGUUCCUCGAGGAAGAUCCGAGGUGGUUCCAGACGGUCCUCAAGGACUCGCCGUACCUGAAGGCCCACACGGUCAAGUACCGAACCCAGCUCUCCCAGGCCGACGAUCUCCUCUCCUCGUACCGCUCCGAACGCCUCUGCUCGCCGUCCGAUGCGUACCUACGUGGCAACACGCGGUGUCGUUUGGCGCUCGAGAAUCUUCCGGACGAGGUGUACGAGACGGAGUGGGAUUUGAUAAUGAUCGACGCGCCGAGAGGGUACUUCGCCGAAGCGCCAGGUAGGAUGGGUGCGAUUUUCUCGGCGGCGGUCAUGGCGAGGAACAGGAAGGGAUCCGGUGUGACGCACGUGUUCCUGCACGAUGUUGAUCGGAGAGUAGAGAAGGCUUUUGCUGAAGAGUUUCUUUGUAGGAAGUACUUGGUUAAGGCCGUCGGGAGGCUCUGGCACUUUGAGAUUCCGUCUGCGGCUAAUAACGCUAGUGUUGCUGGGAGUAACUCAGUUACUUUUUGCUGAGUUUAAUUUUGUGAAGAGUGCUGGACUACACAUUUUUCGCAACAAAUGAUUAGUAGUGUUACUUGUUCUAAUAUGAACUCUUUUCUAUUUACUAUUUAUAAUUCGUUAUCGUGAAAAGAGUAUUUUUAUUUUGUUAAACUAUAAUUAUGCUAUAAAAGAUAGGAUACCCCCAUAAACAGAGGAAGAAAGGUUUACCCAUGGGUUUUUGGGUUAAAUGAGAACAAUUUCUAGUAUUUCAUGAAAAGUUACCUAUGGUUGUUUUAUUCUGUAACGAUGGGGUUCGAAUAGAAUGAUUAGUGAAAUUCAAACAUUUGAGUCUUACUAUGCCCAAUUUUGUUUUUUUAAGGAGGAGAAUUUUAGGGUUGUUUUUGCAAUCAUUAAUGGUUGCUGACCCGCAAAAUUACGAGGAGGAUUAGAUGGAAGAAGCCGACUCAAGGUUGGCUGAAACUCAACACAGAUGGCUCUUCUAUUGGCAAUCCCGGCUUGGCUGGUUGUAGAGGGGCAAUUAGGGAUGAUGCGGGUAGGUGAAUUAUUGGCUUUAGUAGGCGUAUUGGCAUGACAAGCAGCUUUGCUGCUGAACUUUAGGGGUUAAGGGAGGGACUCAUUCUAUGCAGCAACCUAAAUAUAACUUAUCUUGAAAUUGAGCUUGAUGCCAAGUCUAUCGUGGAUGCCUUAGGAAAUCCUUCACAUGUAAAUAACAUCAUUUCUCCUUUAUGGGUUGAUUGCAGGCUUCGAUCUCUCGCAUACUGCAGAUUUGUAUUAAGUACUGUUUUCGUCAGUGGAACAGAUGUACCAAUAGUCUGGCUAGGAUGAGUUUUUGUUUAGAUGUUGAUUUUUCUCCUUUUGAUAGGACAUGGUUGAUUUGUUUGAGGAUGACCUGAAGGAAUGUAUUUUAAUGAAGCUUCUUUUCACCCAA